UCCAAAUCCAAAACCAAACCCGACCAAACUGGGCCUAUUUUAAAUGUGCUAAGAUGAAUUGAAUUCGGAGAUGAAUAUAGAAAUAAUAAUAAUACGUGAAAAUAGUAUAAAUUUAAACAUAAAAGUUUAGUAUCUCUUGUUCAAUCUUUUUUUCUUGGUACUUUUCUUUUCUGAUAGCGACCUUUCCACUUUGCUUAAUUUCCAAAGUAGGUGUAUUCACUCACAUAUUCAUUUUUGAUAUUUUUCUCCAUUCUGCUGGAUUUAGAGCUAUAUUGUAUCCAAUUCCUCAUAGAAUGGGAAAUAGUUUGCCAUGCUAAUAAAUUAUGUUAGUCUAAAUUGAAGAUGACAAUGAAUCAAUGUCACAGGCCUAAAACACAAUUACUCAGAACUUAAAUGCUAGACUGAUAUAUAUUAAAAGAAGCUAGUGGCACUGACACGACUCUUCAAAUUGUGUGGAGCUGGACAAAACAAAGUCUCAAUUCUAAAAGGAAUUAAAGCAAUGGCCCUACAACAAGCUCUACAACAAAGAUAGAUAUUCUGGUUACUGAUUUUGACUGUCCUAGCUUUGCUUAACCAUGAUAAAUGACACCAGUAUCUAGCUAGCUAGAUACCAGAUGAGAGAGGGGUUUAACUUGGUUGCAAGUUCAUAUCUGUGAGGGAUUGGGGACUGUGAAUUUUGAGCCAUACCUUGUUGCCUUAGAGAGAUAGGAGUGAGGCUCACCAAAUUUCAGCCAAGCGUGCCUAGAGGAGACUUGGGUCUAUCUUGGAUUUAGAUAUCUGGGUGUGGUGUGGGGUAUUGCGUGUUAUUCCUCAUCUCUUCUUCCUACUGGAUAACACGGUAACACAACUUCAAGAUUCUUGUGGGGUUGUGGGACUUAGAUUGGCUAACUGCCAUUGAGACCCCACUACCCCACAUUUACUUGCCCUAUAUGCCUUUAAACUCACCCAUCUCUUUUACUUUUCUCUAUUUAUAACCCACGUACAUCCGCAUGGCACGGAAGAAAAGGAGAAGGGGAAGGGAAUGAAGAGAGGUUUCAAUAUUUAGAAACUAAAGAAUAUUCUUUCUUGGUUUCUUGCCAAAAUCUCACUCACAAACUGAUCUCUUACCAAGUUCUAGUUUGAGUAAUAAUCUAAACAAGGAGGAAGUUAUACUAAUUUGAGAGGACAUGGAAGUGGCUGUUGAGCUGGAAGAUGAUCAGUUUUUUGCAGACUUAAGCAAGGAAAUCUCUCUGCUAAUCAUGGAUGACGAUGAGCAUCCAGUUGCCAAAUGUCCUUCAGUUUCUUUCCAGGGCUUCUCUGGUGGAAAUUACCCAAUAAUAGCACAAUCUCCAUUUCUUCAAGAGCAAAUCUGGAGAAGAGAAAGCAAAGGCACAGGAGUUUUUAUCCCAAAGUCAUCACAGCCAAGAAGGAAGCAUAGGCACAGAAGAAACAGUUCAUUCAGCUCAAAGUAUUACAGGCAGCAUAACAACAGUACAAAAAUGGCUUCUCAAGCAUCUAGCAAAGAGGCUAAAGGAUUUACAUCUUUGUCAACUGUAUAACUUUACUAAAAGAAACUACUAAUAAUCCCCUUUGUCAACGGCUGUUGAAGGCAAGGCAGGUCAUUAGAAAUAAUUGAUCCUGCUCCUAAUUAGUGGGUCUUGAAGAGGUUCACCAAAGGGUCUGCCUCCCUAAAUCAUGGAAACAUGUAUGGUGAUUGCUGUAUAUGUGUGAUAUCGGAAAAAUAUGUACUUGUUCAUUUAAUGUAAUUAAUUUAUAUAUUAAUUAAUUUUUAUUGUUAUUAGAGAAAAAAAUUCUUUUCUUUUCUCAUUUGCCUAUCCCUUAAGCUGUCGACAAAGACAAGCAUUUUCUCGAGGCACAAACUUGACAUCAGCAUAUGAUGAAAAUUCCAUGAAGAAAGUACUUGCUAAAUUUGAUGAGCAGAAGAAAGAUUGCUCUGCUAUCAACCUUAAAGCAAUUUCGCAAUGAUCAGAUCCAACUUCAAUAUCAGCUUUGAUCAAUUCAUCACCCCGUAGAUUCUAGAGAUAAUUGGAAAACUGGAAGACAAUCAAAAUAUGUUCUUAUUCAUUAUCGGGACUGUUCAAGGCCUUAUCAGUAAAGCGCUGUAUGAGUGUUUUCCAUUUCCAUUGUCCCAAUCCUUUCCAUUUCCAAUUUUCAUGUUGCUUUCAUUUUCCUGUUCCCAUACCGGCAAAACUCCACAUGCCACAAGAUCUUUCAUUUCUUUGACAGGUACUGCAUAUUAUAUAUAUAUAUAUAUAUAUAUAUAUAAACUAAAUACUACUUAAAACCAAAAAAAAUAUGAUGAGACGGAUAAUCUUUCUCUCCCAAACAAUCAUGAGGUCAUGGCCUUGAAAAUCAAGGCGUCCCUCAUGUCAUAGAUCAGGAAAAAAAAAAGAUCAAAGAUGAUGAGAAAGUUUAAACAUUUUUUAUGUUCUGAUCGAAUCUAGUACUUCCCCGACAACUUGUAUAGAUCUACAUAUGAGGGACUCCAAACAUUCUAUAUGAAUUAUUGAAGGAAAAUAAUGGAUCUUA